AUGACCGACAACGACUGGCCCCCACAUUUCAUUAACAAACCCAAAAAUCCAUCUCAUCCGCUACUGGAGCGUGUCCUUCAUCCUGCCCGUUGGGAGGAGGUCCUCCCAACACUAGGUGGUAGGUGGGAGGACCUUAACUUUUCUGGGUGUAUGGCUCCCCGCCAGGCCGCCACAUACUCUCUCACUCUCAGCCUCUCCUGGUCGGUCGGUCAUUGCCCUCGCCCUCCAUUAGGCUUUACAACCACUAUCACCAUCACGAAGGUUUUGUCAGAGUAUCCUGAGGUGAAAAUGACCGAUGAGAAGCAGGAAGCUUCGUUAGGAGAAACCUACCCCGAGCUGAUGAAAAGCUGGAGGAUGAUGCUCUUCUUAGUUUUGGUGAAGGUCCGCCGUUUACCCUGCAAAGGCUAUGUGAGCCUAGCUUCUCGUUUCAGCGGUCAGACUGAGAAUUUGUUAGUGACCUCAACGUUGGCUGCUUGUACGGAUCCACAUCCACUAGCGACUCAAAAGCAGGAUGAAACUGACAAAGCAAGUCCAAACCAGCAGCAUCGAUCCAACUCGGAACAAAAUGGAGUCCAGCAGUCUACAGCAGCAGAUGGGGAUGAAAUAGUGGCCGAGAUCGAGACUGAUUGGCGAUGAGAUAAUUAUUGACACAGAACCCUUCGAAGAAAUGAAAUGGAUCGAUCUCCGGAGACAAAUUUAUGCAACAAUCUUGAAAAUCCUAACCAACCUCUAUCAGUUUAAAUGUGAAUCCAUUGGGGAUCGAAUCCAUCACUUGUUGCUUGUUGGUGAGCCAAUGAAUUGAUUUGAAGCUAUCGAUUAUUAUGCUUAUGGAUUCUGAGAACCAUCAGCCAAAGGAGCUCAUUGUAUAGCAUGUGACACAUUCAAGAUUAUUGAUCCAUAUCAAACACUGUGGAUUGAGUUACACAUCCAAAUUCAUUAUAUAUCCACAAGAAGGCAGUGCAGAACUCUUGCACUAUGCAUUAUGCAAGGUGUUGGUAUUACUACGACGACGAGGCUUUCACCCUGGGCGACAACUUGACUUCGAGCGGGUGCUUCAUAACAAUGGUAAACUCAGGCUUCUCCGUGAGAUCGACCUCCCCAGCAGCUUCCCACUUGAAGUUCCACACAAGAUUAGCCACAAAGUAUUCAAGAUGCAGCAUGGCUAGGGCAUACCCAGGACACAUCCUCCUUCCUGCACCAAAUGGCAUCAUCUUGAUCUCCUUGCUUCCAGUCAAAUCGAACUCACCACCACCUUCCAGGAACCUCUCCGGCUUGAACGCCAUGGGAUCCUCCCAAACCUGAGGAUCCCACCCCAGCUCAGCCACCAUGAAGUUUACAGCAGCAUUCUUGGGGAUCAUGAACUUGCCGUCCAGCACUGUAUCCUCCGUCACGGAAUGAGGCAGCAAGAAAUGUGCCGGCGGGUGUCUCCUCAAUCCUUCCAAGCUCACCGCCCUCAGGUACUUCAGCUUCCCCAGAUCCUCCUCCAAAACCUCUCCACUCCCUUCCACCACCACGCUUUCGAUCUCACGAAACAGCUUCUCCUGAACUUCAGGGUACUUCACCAAAUUCGCCAUGACCCACUCCAAUGCGGUGGUGGUCGUGUCAGUCCCCGCGCUGAGGAACUCGGAGGACAGGCUCAGAAUCUCGUCCUCGCUGAGCAUUCUCUUGUUACCAUUAUCUUGGGGGAGCUCCACUUCGAGCAACGAAUCCACGUAGCAGCUCCGUGCUUGUUCUUCUUCCUCCUCCAAUUUGCCAAUUUUCUCCCUCCUGGCUCUGAUGAGUGGGAGGAGAACCUGAUGUUGCUCGUGACGGAGCUGAUGAAAUUCAUUCCACGGGCGGCGGAGGAGGAACCUAGUGACCCGAGGCCAGAGGUUGAGUAUCUGAAAGCGCUGGAAUCCAAGCAGCAUCCUUCUCUGAGCUCGUCCCACCUCCUCGAUCUGAUCCUCACCCAGCCUGUCGCCGAAGCACAUGAGCACCAGCAGGGCGAACAUGGCGUGGUGGAGGUGAUCCUUCAGCCUCAGGGUGCUCUGUUGUUGUUGAUGGUGGGCUUGAAGGCGGCGGAGGAGGAUUUGGAGGACCCAGGAGCGAGCGCGGGAGAAUGACCUGACGCGGGAAGGGUGGAGGACUUGGGAAGUGAGGUUGCGGCGGAGGAGGCGCCAGGUGAGGCCGUAGGAGGCGGAGCUGAUGUUGUGCUGGUUGGCAGAGGUGAUUUUGGAGAGCGGCGGAGCGGGCGGGCGGUCGGCGAAAACGGCGCCGUCUUGGAUGAGGGCUUGGUGGGCUAGGGAGUGGGAGGAGAUGAAGAUGGCCGGACGGGAGAAGAUGCGGAUUGUGAAGAUGGAGCGGUACUUGGCGCGGAGCUUGCGGAGGGCUGGUUCGAGGUCGGAGAAUCCUUUGCUUCGCAGCAUCCAGAGGAAGGUGCCGAUGAUUGGGAUGGAGAAGGGUCCUGGUGGGAGCUUGUUGUUGUGGGAUGGGAAGAGGUGGGUUUUGCAGAGUAGGAGAGCUAGGGAAGAUACAAGGGAGGUGAUGAUGGCGCCGAUGAUCCAGCUGGUUUCCUCCAUGGAUGCUCUCUCUGCGAUAAGAUGGACAAAGGAAAAAAAGAAGAGAGAUGGGAGGAGGGCUAUGAAGUUUUGCUGAAUUUUUUGUCAUCUUCCUUUCGGUUUUAUUCCAAAGUAGACUGGAAUUUGCUUCU